AUGGGUUUAUUAGAUAACGUCAAAAACGCUGUUGGUGAAGAAAACUUCAACAAAGCUCAAUCUGCUUUAUCAGGUUCAGGUUCAGGUAAAGAUGGUGAAUCAACUGAUUACGUUAAGAAAGCUGAAGGUUACAUUGGUGAAGAUAGAUUAAAAGAUAUCAAAUCAAAAGUUGGUGAAGAUAACUUCAAAAAAGGUGAAGAUUAUGUUAGAUCCCAAUUUGGUGGUAACUCUUCUGAAAAGAAAGAAGAAUCAAAAUAA